AUGUCCCCGUCAUCCCCAAUUUCGAUACCCCUCUUUGCUGAAAACCAACAACAGCUCCUCCUAAAAGAGCACGAAGCCGAAGUCUCCUCAUCUAAACUCGCCAGCACCGCGUUCGCGUCGCCGCUAACGCGCCGUACUCUCCAAGCGUCUGGACACGCGCUAACCGGCAUAAUCCUUUCUCAAUGCCGCACUGGUCUCGGAGGUCGGCUAGUCGGCGAGUUUACUGCUGACGCGGCUAUUUCGACGGGAGGUACGAAGGGGAAAGGAAAGGACGAUGAUGAUGCGAAAUCGAACAUUGCUGCGAAUGGGAAGCUGAAGCUUGGUACGCAUGGGAUUAGAGUUGGGGAUGUCGUGAGGGUCAACGAGGUGGUGAGUGCUGGGAAAAAAGCUGUAGGGUCAGGGAAGGACAAGAAGAAAGAUGGGGAUUCGGCAAAGGGCCCAGAGGGUGUCGUGACGAGGGUCGGGGAGAGUAGCGUGUGGGUAGCUUUUGGGCAGAGCGGCGGCGGCGGCCGUUCAAAGGAGGAGGAUGAAGAAGUUAUUGAGGAGCUUUAUGGGAAAAAGCUUUGGCUUAUCAAGCUGGCGAAUGAUGUGACUUUUAGACGGAUGAACCAAACGAUGGAGAAGAUGGCGAAGAUGUCGGAGUCAGAUUACACGCAUUUUGUACGAGUUGCCUUCGGGCAUACAACACCAGUCCAGCCGGACUAUGAGGCGGCUGGGCCGGUUGAAUUCAUAGACCCGACAUUGAACGACUCUCAGAAGGAAGCAAUUCAGUUCGCCUUGGCCUCCAGAGACAUCGCCCUCAUACAUGGACCCCCGGGUACAGGCAAGACGCACACUCUAAUCGAGUUGAUAAUUCAAAUGGUCAAAAGGAACCUCCGAGUGCUUGUUUGCGGGCCAUCAAACAUAUCUGUGGAUAACAUAGUGGAAAGACUGGCUCCGAGCAAGAUCCCGGUCGUGCGCAUUGGCCACCCUGCCCGCUUGCUGCCAUCGGUGCUAGAUCACUCGCUGGAGGUCUUGACCCAGACAUCCGACGCUGCGGCUAUCGUCAGGGACGUGCGGAAAGAGAUUGAUGAGAAGCAUGCUAGCAUCAGGAAGACAAGGUUUGGCAGAGAGAAGCGCGCGAUCUACCAGGAUAUCAGAGAGCUACGCCGGGAGUUUAGAGAGCGUGAAUCCAAGUGCGUGGACAAUUUAGUCCGCGGAAGCAGCGUUGUACUUGCGACACUACACGGAGCAGGCGGUCAUCAGCUGAAAAACCAGAAAUUUGAUGUCGUAAUUAUUGAUGAGGCUAGUCAGGCACUAGAAGCCCAAUGCUGGAUUCCACUGCUGUCAGCGCCAAAGGUCGUCCUUGCUGGUGAUCAUCUGCAGCUCCCGCCUACUGUCAAGUCCACCCCUCAUAAAACAAAGGAGGCAGGCGAAGAUGGAGAGCAGGAUGCAAACGGAAGCUUCUCCCUCGAGAAAACACUAUUUGAUCGGCUGCUAUCAUUGCAUGGGCCGGGAAUAAAACGCAUGCUGACAACGCAGUAUCGGAUGCAUGAAAAUAUCAUGCGGUUCCCGUCAGAUGAGCUGUACGAAUCCAAGCUCAUUGCAGCUGAGAGCGUCAAAUCUCGCCUUCUAAAGGAUCUGCCUUACAAUGUCCACGAGACUGAUGACACUAAAGAGCCGGUGGUCUUCUGGGACACGCAAGGAGGAGACUUCCCGGAGAAAGUUGACGAUGAGGAAUUCGCAAAAAAGGAAAGCCUGCUCGGUGAAAGCAAGAGUAACGAGAUGGAAGCCUUGGUGGUUGCGAGGCACGUGGAUAACUUGGUACAAGCCGGUGUUAGGCCUGAAGACAUUGCUGUCAUCACUCCAUACAACGGCCAGUUGGCUGUGCUAUCACAGAUGCUACGGGAAAAGUACCCAGACCUGGAAUUAGGGAGUGUCGAUGGAUUCCAGGGCCGCGAAAAAGAGGCUGUUGUGGUAAGCCUCGUUCGCAGUAACAGUGAACACGAAGUUGGGUUUCUGGGAGAAAAGCGGCGUUUGAACGGUAUGCCUCCUGCCCAUAACUCUUACUACCUUGAGUGA